AUGUUCAUCGAAAGCUUCAAGGUUGAAUCUCCAAACGUGAAGUACACAGAGAAUGAGAUUCAUUCAGUGUACGACUAUAGUAAUGCUCGUUGGUUGGGGAGGGAACAAUGGUUCUACUCUUACCUCGUCGAUUUCCUUGUCGGCGCUGGUAUCAAACCAACGUCGAUAGUGAGCUACAAUCACCUUGGGAACAACGACGGCAUGAAUUUGUCGGCGCCGCAAACAUUCCGAUCAAAGGAGAUAUCAAAGAGCAACGUUGUCGACGAUAUGGUUGCUAGUAACAGAAUUUUGUUUGAGUCCGGUGAACAUCCUGACCAUGUUGUCGUCAUUAAGGAAAGAGACAGCAAGAGAGCAAUGGACGAGUACGCAUCAGCGAUAUUCAUGGGAGGGAAGAACACAAUUGUGAUGCACAACACUUGUGAAGACUCACUCUUGGCUGCUCCUAUCAUUUUGGACCUUGUUCUCCUCGCAGAACUCACCACUAGGAUCCAGUUCAAGGCCGAAUAUGAGGGAAAGUUCCAUUCUUUCCAUCCGGGGGCUACCAUCCUAAGUUACCUCUCGAAGGCACCAUUGGUCCCACCCGGCACGCCAGUUGUGAACGCUUUGUCAAAACAGCGUGCAAUGCUUGAGAACAUACUCAGAGCUUGUGUCGGACUUGCUCCAGAGAACAACAGGAUUCUCGAGUACAAGUGA